AUGUCGAAAAACAAUGCAUUGGAUCGACUCGCAAAUUUACGAAAACACUUGGUCCAACCUCCAAUGGGCACUAUCGAUUUGACUAGAGAAAGAGAAAAUUCUAGUUUCGAUGUUCAGAAAAUGAAUUGGUUAUUUGAAGGAGGAAAAGAAAAAGCAAAAGCCAUGGCGGAUGCAUACCAGAUAAUACAACGCGAUCCAGACCUUCAUUUCCCCAAUGGUCAUCCUUUCGAUAUGACUAGACCAGAGCAGCGUGAAUUUGUGAUGAGACAAAUUUUACGUUAUCAAAAAGUUCGUCAGACAAUAAAAGAUCCUUUAUUGUAUAAAGCUUUAGAACUCGCAAUGUGUACAUAUUCGGAAACAUUUUCCAUGAGAAUUUAUGUUCAUGACACCUUAUUUCGUCAAGCGUUUGAGCUAUUUGGAACAAAAGAACAAUAUGACCGAUGGAUUGAUGAUAUUCGUAAUUGGAGGGUAAUCGGAUGUUUUGCAAUGACCGAAUUAUGCCAUAGUUCCUUUUUACGGGGCCUAGAAACAACCGCAACGUAUGAUAGGGAAACGGAUGAAUUUGUCAUUCACUCCCCAACGUUAGGGGCGACCAAAGUAUGGAUUGGGAUGGCAGGACAGACGGCAACUCACACCGUGGCCAUAUGUAAAACAAUUAUUGAUGGGAAGGAUCAUGGGAUAAAUUGGUUUGUGGUGCAGUUGAGAGAUUGUAAAACAGGUAGACUAGUUCCUGGAGUUGUGGCCGGUGACAUUGGAGCAAAAUAUGGUCGAAAUGGGUUAGAUAACGGAUGGAUUCAAUUUUCUCAUAUACGAAUUCCUAGAGAAAACAUGCUAAUGAAAUGGUCUAAAGUGUCUAAGGAUGGAACAUAUACUCCUUCACCAAACCCUGCAUUAUCUUAUGCUACCCUUAUUGGAGAACGACUAAGUGUACUUUUCGGAACACAAAUUGUUAUAGGACAGGCUUUAACUAUUGCUUGCAGAUACGGAUGUGUAAGAAGACAGGGAGCUGAUGACGAAAAAAUCAUGGAUUAUCAGACUCAUUAUGUGAAAUUAAUGCCUGGAGUUGCUAGCGUUUACGUGAUCAACCUGUUGUAUAGAAUUAUACUCAAUCGGUGGGAAAGUACCUUAAACUUGGUACAUACGAAUCAAUCUGAGUUCAUCAAGAGAAUUGGAGAUUUUCACGCCACAUCAACAGGUCUUAAGGGGACACUAACUUGGUGGGGAAGCGAAGUACUUGAAAGAGUUCGUCGAUCUAUGGGUGGACAUGCAUAUUCGGCUUACAAUGCCAUUGGACCCGCAAUUGGAGAUUGGGGUGUGGUGACCACUGGUGGUGGAGAUAAUUUUGUCCUUUUGCAGCAAACAGCGAAAUAUGUAUUGGGUGCACUUAAAGAUGUAUCUCAAGGAAAGAGGGUCGAUGGAUCAGUAGCUUAUUUAAAUGAUUUAAAGAUUUUUUCGGAAAUCUCUAAAAGCAAUCUAUCUGACGAAAGGCAAUUAUCUGAUCUGGAUUUCACGCUGGAAUUGUUCACAUGGUUGGUUGUUCAAAAGCUUCAACAUUUAGCCGUAACAUUAUCAACCUCAUCAUCAGAUCCAGCAACUUCGUGGAAUUCUAAUCAAAUGUUAAUUAUUAAAUUAGCACAACUUCAUACUUAUAGGUUGACUUUAUUUGAAUACAACAUUGGGCUCAAGGAUCUCUCAGAUCCUUCGUCUAAAUCAGGCUUUCAGCCUAACGAAUAUCGAGAUUUAGUACCUAUCCUUAAAAAGAUGGGUCAAUUAUGGUCUGUUCAUUUGAUCAAUGAAUACCUGGAUUUAUUUUUGGAGGAGGGAUAUUUCAAUAAGGAACAUGCUAGAAUGGUAAGAAAGGUAUAUCUGGAGAUGUGCAAAGAGACCAGAAAAGAGGUGAUACCAUUGGUUGACGCAUGGGGAUAUCCGGAUUUCGUUUUGAAAGCACCUUUUGGAAGGUAUGACGGUGAUAUUUACACAGCAUACAUUGAUACAAUUAAGGCUGCGCCUAAUUGUCUCGGAGUUCCAAACUAUUGGAAAGAUUACAUCAAGCCACUUACAAAUCCUGAUUC